UGUUUAUGUGUUUCUAACCUGCAAGCACUUCAAUGUUAGAAUCAAAACAAUUUGCAUUGUUAUUAUAUAAGUGCGUGUAAACACCGUGUGCACGAUGCAGACAUGAUUAUUUGAGGAAAGCACGAGAAACGACGCUCAAGAUGUCGUGUAGUUACGCGGACGGACUCUCCCACUAUGAGGACAAAGGAGUGCUUGGUGUCCCUGAGAUAUUUGAUAAAGAAGAAAGCAUCAAUAUUAAGUGCUCACUGCUGGCUGAGUGGAUAUUGCAGGCCAAACAUGUUGUUGUUCAUACUGGUGCCGGCAUCAGUACAUCUGCAGGCAUACCAGACUUUAGAGGGCCCAAUGGUGUGUGGACUUUAGAACAAAAAGGUCUGCAACCCACAAUUAACACAUCUUUCAAUGAAGCAAUUCCGACUAAAACUCACAUGGCUUUGCGGAAGUUGGUCGAGGAAGGAUAUGUGAAAUUUAUUGUCAGCCAGAAUAUUGAUGGGUUGCAUUUGAGGAGUGGUUUGCCAAGGAAAUACUUGGCUGAACUGCAUGGGAAUAUGUUUGCCGAGCAGUGUAAAACAUGCCAGAAGCAAUUUGUUAGAUGCAUAGCAACCAGCAGUGUUGGUGAGAAAUGUUUGGAUAAAAAUUGUCCUAGGGGAAGAUUAAAUGGUCGCAACUGUCGCGGGAAGUUGUAUGAUACAAUCUUGGAUUGGGAGGCGAAUUUGCCUGAUAAUGAUUUGAAAUUAUCAGAAUUACAUUCAAGCAUUGCCGAUUUGAAUAUUUGCUUGGGCAGCACCCUGCAAAUAGUCCCCAGCGGAAAUCUCCCAAUCUGCAACAAGAAAUACUGCGGCAAACUAGCAGUAAUCAAUCUACAGCCAACAAAACACGAUAAAAAAGCCGACUUAAUAAUCAACACGUACGUUGACGUUGUAAUCGAAAAGGUAAUGAAGCGUUUAGGUCUGGAGAUCCCCGAAUACUCCACCGAAACGGACUUCAGCCGCGACGAGGACCUCAUCAACGACAAGAAGGUCAUCGACUGGACGACGGUCACCACCAACAUGGCGGAGCUGCAGAAGAAGUACGACCAACAAUGGAGUUCCUAUAAGAAGCGCCGCUUGGAGGACAAGAAAGUCAAGGAGGAUAUCAAGCGAUGCAAGGCGGAAAUCAAAAGGGAUCUAGAGGCCGGCAAUUCGAAGAUCUAGGCCCCCAACCACCACAAUACAAGAUGAUUCUAUAUAAUUAAGUUGUAAUAUUAAGGAAAAAAAAUACUUAGCGAUUAAGCAGCGUCGAGCGUUUCGUACCGAUUGUGCAUGCGUGCGGGCAGGUUUUGGUGCCUGAAGUGCUCGAUAUCUAAUUAGUCAUUGAAUUUAUCAUUGCGGCCAGUCAGUUUUCGAGUUUCGUUUUGGUUUUGUGUCCAAUUUGUCGCACCGGUAAUUUGUUUUCCGAUGAAAUCUUGAGAAAUCCAGCCGUCAUGUGUCUUAAUUUAUGUGCGGCGUGAAGCGGCUUGCGGCCAUAUUGCAUUUUGCGGCCCGAACGUGUACAAAUUAUAUAUUUAUAUGAAGCGGCAUAUGAAGUUGCAAGGACAUGCAGUUAACACUUGGCGCGCCAGCGAUUGUUGUGUCGAUUUUACAAUGAUGAUUCAAUAACUAUAUUCAUUUACUAAUGCUUUUUAAGAAACUUAAUAGACUAUAUAUAUUGACACAGAUGAUGAAGAUGUUUAAUAGAUGAGAUAAUGAAUUAAA